AUGAUUGAUCCGGAUAUUGAAAGUGGGGUGUUGUUCACAAAGACAACUGAAGGUCCUUCCAAGAAGCACAAAGGAUCUAAGAAGGAAGCUCUGCCAAGUCCUUUGAAAGUUAGUAUGGUUGCAAAAGAGGUGAAAUCUCUAAAUAAGGUUGCUGUUAAAGUAAAAGCUUCGAAGAAAAGCUCGUUGCCAGUUGUUACUGAAAUAGUUAAUCCUUCGAAGGAUGUAGUACCUUCUAAGACUGGUACUCUAAAAAGACUCAAGAAAAUGGCUCAUAAACCUCAUCAUUCUCCUAAACGGUCUGGAAGUUUUUCACCAUCCUUUGUCAGAAAGCCACAAAUUGGUUGA